CGGAAAGGCAAUCAACCAUCUCGGCCGUCCGUUAAAGAAGAAGCCACAUCGCAGCAUCGCACGUCGACGUCUACGACAUCCCUUCCUCUCAACCUCACACACCUCCCUCGCGCACGCGAUGCCCCGCCUUCCUUCGACGACCCCUCUGUCUGCCGCUCUCCGAUCUUCCUCCAAGAGCAACUUCGCCGCCGCGCCUCGGGCUUUCUCCACGCUCCGAAGCUCUUCUCGCGUCCUCGCAGCAUCAACGCGCACCUUCACUCCUUCUUCCCGCACCGCCGCAUUCUCGACUUCUGCAGCAAAGAUGGCAGGAGGUGUAGGUCUCGGUGAAGACAAUGCUCGUCCUGACCCUGACCAGGUCGUUCAGCAAAUCGCCGACUACGUCCACAACUACCAGAUCAAGAGCGACGUCGCCUACGACACCGCCCGUCUCGACCUGUUCGACACGCUCGGAUGCGGCAUGGAGGCUCUGCGCUUCCCCCAGGCCCGUAGCGUCCUUGGUCCCGUUGUCCCUGGCACCGAGGUCCCCAACGGCGCCCACGUCCCCGGAACGCCGUACGUCCUCGACCCGAUCCGUGCCGCCUUCAACACGGGUGCCAUGAUUCGCUGGCUCGACUUCAACGACACUUGGCUCGCUGCCGAGUGGGGCCACCCCUCUGACAACCUCGGUGCCAUUCUCUCCGUCGCCGACUGGCUCUCGCGCACCAACAUCGCCAAGGGCAAGGCUCCCCUGACCGUCCACGACGUCCUCACGGGCAUGAUCAAGGCUCACGAGAUUCAGGGUGUCAUUGCCCUCGAGAACUCCUUCAACCGCGUCGGUCUCGACCACGUCCUCCUCGUCAAGCUCGCCUCGGCCGCCGUCGUAUCCCAGAUGAUCGGCAACACCCGCGACCAGACCGUCGACACCAUCACCCAGGCCCUCGUCGACGGUCAGUCUCUCCGUACCUACCGCCAUGCCCCCAACGCAGGUUCUCGCAAGUCUUGGGCCGCUGGAGACGCCUGCUCUCGUGCUGUCAACCUCGCUUUGCUUGUCCAGCGUGGAGAGGGUGGCUACCCAUCUGUCCUCACCGCCAAGACUUGGGGCUUCUACGACGUCCUCUUCAAGGGCAAGCCCUUCAAGUUCACUCGCGAAUACGGCUCUUACGUCAUGGAACACGUCCUUUUCAAACUGGCCAGCGCUGAGUAUCAUUCACAGACAAGCGUGGAAGCCGCCAUGACGCUGCACAAAGAGAUGAAGGCCGCCGGAAAGACCGUGGAUGACAUCAAGAAGAUCACAAUUCGCUCGACGGAGGCUACCAUCCGAAUCAUCAGCAAGCAGGGCAAACUGAACAACUUCGCCGACCGUGACCACUGCAUUCAAUACAUGACGGCCGUGCCACUCAUUGAAGGCUACCUCGACCCCCAGCACUACACCGAUGAGUACGCCGCUGCGAACCCAAAGAUCGACGAGCUCCGAGCCAAGACGUACGUCGAGGAGAACGAGGAAUACUCCGCCGGCUACCUCGACCCCGAGCGCCGCUCCAUCGCCAACGACGUCGAGAUCGAGUUCAACGACGGCUCCAAGAUCCGCAACGCCGUAGAAUACCCCGUCGGCCAUGCUCGUAGGCGUGAAGAGGCCAAGCCUCUCAUCAAGGCCAAGCUCGAGAAGCACCUCAAGGGCCAGUUCGCCAACGAUGCCGACGCCCAGAAGAUUGUCAGCCUCCUCAACGAGCACGACAAGGUGUCCAAGAUGGCCGUCAACGACUUCGUCGACCUCUGGAAGCCAUCGAAGCUCGUUCAGGCUUAAAUUGAGCUGCCACACUGGACAGGCAUGGCAGAGAGAGACCUGCAGAGACCUUGCCUGUACGCCGGUAGCCGUAGAUGGGCAUGAUAUGACUUUCAAUCCGAGAUACAGUGUACAUGGAAAUCAUGAACGAUUGGCGCGCGUGACGCAACAGAGGAGAGAAAAGACGGGUGACGGCCAAAGAAUGCAUGUGCAGGGCAAUGUCUGGUCUAGACUGCUGUAUGAGGAGAUUGAUGCCUACAGCUUGCAAGGCGCUUGCUGUGCAAUGAGCCACUAGCGAGAUCGAAUGAAUUGGUGAAGGAGACAUGAAAGCACGGGAAGUGUUGGACGGCGAGCGCCGGUGGAAAUGCUCCGCUCGACCCGCGCCGACCUCAUGCGAGACUGGCCCGCCUCUCCGCCUUCCGUGUCUCCGGGUUGCUCAUCCUUCACUUCUACCUUGCCUCGAUAUAUGCUCCUUCACUUGCUUUCAU